ACCACCCCUGCUUUCUCUCCCUCAACCCAAAACUUCCUCUCUUUGUCCUCCCUCACGCACUCUCUUCCGCCCUCACUGUGCACAUACUGUGCACGCACGGUGCACAACUUUUCCCGCCACCAUCGCCCAAACCAAGGGCACCAACAGUUUCGUUUCUCCUCACAAGACCAGAACACGUAGCCUCCUCGUCUCGAACUUCCUUCCAGAUCGCCGGGAUCGAAGCUUGGUAUGUCCGUGACUUUCCGGCCAUUUUUCGAGAAAACUGCGGCAUUUUAGCCUUCGAGAAGGAUACCAUUCUUUACGUCUUGUUCCGAGAAAACCGGCCAAAAGCAAUUUCAGCCAGUUUUUGGAACUCCGGCGAAACUUUCCGGCGCAGACAACCGAGCUCGAGACCACCAACAUUGGACUCACCUUGAGUUUGGGGGAGUUUGGGAGCAAAGCCCAGAUUCCAAUAGGACGUCAAAGCACGCACGGCGGCGAGCGACGAAGAAUUCCGGCGAAAUCUGCAGAAACUGGUGAGUUUUAUGCAACUGGGCUCGGCUCGGCGACUCGGUUGACCGGCUUGACGAGGCGUACGACUCCGGCGGUCGAGAUAGAGAGAUGGAUCCGAGAAUUCACAAGUAGUAGUGCCUGCAUCAGAUAGAGAGAUAGAGAGAUGGAUCCGAGAAUUAACAAAGUAGUAGUGCCUGCAUCAGAUAGAGAGAUGGAUCCUGGAAUUCACAAGCAUCCAUUGACUUUAAAGGAAGAGAAGGAGAGUCAUGGUCCACUGCGGUUCUGUAAGGGGUGCCUAGAACCAGUGCUUGGGCCUCACUACACUUGCGACAUGUGUGACGUCAAUAUACACAAGUCAUGUGCGGAGUUACCCAGUGAGAUCCACCACCCGCUUCACCCAAAACACCCUCUUAUUCUCAGAAACCUAGCACAAGAGCACCGCGGCUCCGAAUGUGGCGUGUGUAGCCACUUAUAUCCAAAAGAAGGGUUUCUAGCUUACUAUUGUUCCGGAUGCAACUUCUGGAUAGACAUCAAAUGUGCUUUCAUGUGGCAAAACGACGGUCAUGAGCACAAGUUCACCAUUAUUAGGAGGCCCAUUGAAUUCACUUGCGAUGUCUGUGGCCAAGAGGAUGACAAUCUUCAAUACAACUUCUGCAUCUGUAAAAUCUGCCAGCUCAUUGUCCAUCGCACAUGCUCUUGGUUACCGCUCCAAGUCAAAAUAGCACGGCACCAACACCGCCUCAAGCUUACCUGGUGGUUCCAAGACAUGUACCCCGAAUACCAAGAUUUCUGUGACAUUUGCGAAGAAAGCAUGGAGAAAAACCGUGCUAUGUAUUGUUGUCAUGCUCUUGAAUGUCUUGGUUAUGCUGCCCACUGUAAAUGCUUAAGAAACGAGGGAAAAAUCAUGAACAUCCUUGUCGAUGAUAAUGAUGAUGAUGAACCAUCCACAUCCAGAUGUCCCCCAGCCAAUGAGACCACUGCUGAUGAUCAUGAAGCCCUGCAGGUCGAGCACUUCAGUCAUCAACACAAGUUAACCCUCAUUGAUGGCCUAGAGGUGGCAAGACAAGACGACCAAGAUGAAGGAAUUACUUGCAACGGUUGCACGCUACCCAUCAUGAGGGGUGAGUCUUAUAGGUCAUGCACAGAACAAGCAAUAGAAAAGCCAUGUAAUUUCUCUCUCCACAUAAAUUGUGCUAAAUUACCCCAAAAGAGGCUUCUCCCACUUCACGAACACGAGCUCAAACUCCUUCCAGAGGCAUCUUUUGUUGGUGGCGUGUUUAAGUGUGACAUGUGCGAGUCCUUGAGCCAAGGUUUCUCAUACAGUUGUGGAGAUUGCGACUUCUACCUGGACCUUUAUUGCAGUAGUCUUGAGCGUAAGACGCUCCUUUGUGAUGCUCAUGUUCACAUCCUCCAGUUCAGCAGAAAGCUCUUGCACUGCAGCAGUUGUGGUACUAGUUAUAAGAAUUUCUGCUUCAGAUGUAGCAGUCAGACAUGCAACUUCGGUCUGUGUAUUCCUUGUGUUAAAUUACCUCUUACAGUCAGGUACAAAUACGACGAUCAUCCUCUCAAACUCACUUAUGCUAGUGUUAAAAAUGACCUCGAUGAGUACUAUUGUGACAUAUGCGAAGGAAAACGAGAUCCAAAACAUUGGUUCUACUCCUGCCCGGAUUGUGACUUUGAUUGUCAUCCUCAUUGCAUUCGAGGGAGGUAUCCGCAAGUCAAGUUAGGGGGCUCUUACAAGCAUGAUGAGCACCAGCACCACAUCACUCUUGUUGAUAAGAGAAAAAGCGUGAUUCCUAAUGAUAAGAGAGAGCGCUUACUUCCGUGUCCUCACUGUUUUCAGAUUUGCGAAGGAUUGGUUUGUGAAUGUUUGGAGUGUGGUAUUAAUAUACACCGGUAGCACGAGUGGGUGGAUUGG